AUGGUACUAUGGUCGGGUCAAAACGACAUGAAGUUCGCUGCAGUUGGUGAGCAUCUGGUUCUUUACGUGACAUCUGUCCCUUGUUUUCCUUUCAUAUUUGUUGAUAACAAGAAAACCAUUGGAACUUUCCUUCAUGACAAUCUAAAUUCUCCUCACUUGGACCCCUCAUAUUGCUGCUGUUGCUUGUUAGCGGAGGCAUCCACGAUUACUUCUGAGAAAAUUCGAAAUCAACGAGAAGCGCUGUUGAAGUGCGGUUCAAGCGUCUACAACGUUCUUGAUUUGAACUACGGUGAAUCCUUUGAAGAAUUUGGUCGAUAUUUGCAAGUGUAUUUGAAAUUUAGUGAUGAGGCUCAUCUUUGUUUUUUCGCUAUUCCACAAAACUGA